AUGACACAAGUACAUAUUUAGAUCUACUCCUACUCCAACUCUUACUCUCCACCUGCAGCUUACCUCAUUCUUAAAUUUAUUCACAAGAGACACCCAUCUCACCAAACGUUCCCAUUUUUUUUUACUAAAUUCAGUUUAAUUAUUUCUAUCUAUCUCUCAAUGUCUCUGUUUUUGUAACAAAAUAUACAUGAUCACCAGCAGCAUUGCCGGACCUCGGCUCCUAUGAUGUUACAGAAUUCCAUGAUUUAGCAUUUUGAUACAUAGUUAUCACAUACAUAUAUUUAUCUAUAUUAUAUGUGUGAAUAUAUAUAGAGAGAACAAUGUUUAAGUCGGCUAGAUGGAGGAAUGACAAAAAUAAGAUCAAAGCUGUAUUUAAACUGCAGUUUCAUGCAACUCAGCUAAAACACUUAGCAGGGGAUACUUUGAUCAUCUCUAUAGUUCCAGCAGACAUUGGAAAGCCGACAACGAAAUUAGAGAAAGCGAAAGUUAAAGAUGGAAGUUGUUAUUGGGAAAAACCACAUUAUGAAACUGUGAAAUUCAUUCAAGAUCCUAAAAAUGGAAAGCUUCAAGAGAAAAUCUAUCAAUUUGUUAUGGCAACGGGCUCCUCGAAAUCUAGUAGUGUUGGUGAAGUUUCAAUUGAUUUUGCAAAUUUUGCUGAAGCUACAAAGAUUUCUUCUAUAUCCCUUCCAUUAAGAAAUGCAAAUUGUGAUGCUUUUUUGCAUGUAUCGAUUCAGUGGGUUCAAGACUUCUUAGAUAAAAGGGAAACUGAUGGAGGUGAAAAUGGAAACCGGCAAGAUAGGAGUUUAAGGGCUCAGUUAAGCAACAGUGACAUAGAAGAAACUAUUAGAAGCAAUCCUAGUGAAGACCAUGGGACUUUGAUUCGUGAAAGAGAUCGUCGGGGAUCUAGUGGGUCUGAUAUCACAUUAUCAGGUUCUGAUAUUAGCUCAGGUUUUGAUACUCCACGAGAACCCAUACCCAAGAAGACUAAAUCAACUUAUGAACCACCGGCUACAACAAUCUAUGAGGAACGUCACAUGUCACAAUGGGAUUGGUUAGAUGGUUCACCGCCUGAGUUGAGCACAGAUGAUUCAUCAGUAAGUCCCGGGGAGCUAGUGUUGGGGGAAAUACCAGAAGAGGGUUCUACUGAAGCCGUGAUCAAAAAACUCAAAGACGAGAUUGAAGUUUUAACUAGGCAAGCUGAUGUUUCAGGGUUAGAACUACAAACUCUUCGUAAGCAAAUCGUGAAGGAAAGAAAGAAGGGUCAGGAUCUUUCGAGAGAAUUAGUUGAACUUAACCAAGAAAAAAAUGCUUUCAAGGAGGAAUGUGAAAAGCUGAAGGCAAACAAAAGAUGUACAGAAGAAACAAAAGUCAAAGUCAAAGUCAAAGGCGAUCCAUGGGAUCUUGUUGGUGAACUGAGACAAGAGCUUAACUAUGAGAAGGAUUUAAAUUCCAAUCUCCGGAUACAACUACAAAAAACACAAGAGUCGAAUGCUGAAUUGAUUCUUGCAGUACAGGAUCUUGAUGCGAUGCUGGAAGAAAAGGAUUCAAAGCUGUCAAAGCCAAAGUCAAAAUCUCGUAAUUUUGAAGUGGUUAAAUCGGAGACAGAUGAGGAUGAAGAUCAAAAGGCAUUGGAAGAAAUUGUCAGAGAACACACUGGUAUGCAGGAGACGUAUAUACUAGAGCAAAAGAUAACUGACCUCUAUAGCGAAAUAGAGUCUCACAAAAGAGAUAAAAACGAACUUGAAAUGCAAAUGGACCAAAUUGCUCUUGAUUAUGAGAUCCUAAAGCAGGGAAACCACGAUAUGUGUUAUAAACUUGAGCAAAGUCAAAUUCAAGAACAACUGAAGAUGCAAUAUGAAUGUACGUCUUAUUCUGUCGUCAGUGAACUUGAAGCACAGAUUGAGAGCUUGAACACCGAGCUCAAAAUGAAAUCUGAAAAGCUAUCAGAGUCAGUUCUUGCUAUUGAAGAGCUGGAAACGUAUGUCAAGGACUUGGAGAAAGAUUUAGAAGAUCAAGCUCACGGGUUUGAAACAGAUAUUGAAGAUCUUAUGAAUGCUAAAAUUGAGCAGGAGCAGCGAGCCAUUCGUGCAGAGGAAAGCAUGAGAAAGAUGAAAUUACAAAAUGUUAAUACAGCAGAGAAGCUUCAAGAGGAAUUCAGAAGGCUUUCCACACAAAUGAAUUCAAGCUUUGAAGCAAACGAGAAGGUUACGAUAAAGGCAAUGGAUGAAGCCAAUCAACUGCGCGUAGAGAAAAGGUAUCUUGAAGAAAUGCUUAAGAAAGCCAAACAAGAUUUAGAUAGUAUUAACGUUUAUUAUGAAGAAAAACUGGCUGACCUUUUGAGUCAACUAACUCAAAAGUCAGAACAACUGGAGAAGAUGGAGAAACAGAUCGAAGACAUUACCCGCACACUUGAAUUACGAAAAACCAGUUACAGAGAUGAGUUAGACAGGCUAAAAUCAGAAAUACAGAAUCUUGAAGGUGAAAGAAAGGAUCUUGAAACCAUUAAAAAGCAAAAAGAUGCCGAUUAUGAACAACUGCAAUCAGAAACUGAACGUCUUCUAUCUCGUUACAAUGAGAUGGAGAUUUCUUUGAUUAAUAACGAAACGGAAAAAGAGAAGCUAAGAAAGCAGAUAUCGCAACUAAAAGGUGAAAUCAAGAAGAGUGAAGAUGCAAUAAGUAGCAUGGAGAAGAAGCUUAAAGAUAGUACCAAAGCCGUUUCAAGAAACAAUCCUCGCAGCUCAAAAGAGGUUACAAGUUUAAAGAACAGAAUAGAACUACUCGAGGGACAAAUAAAACUAAAGGAAGCCACUUUGAAGAGUUCCGAAAAUACAUUUAUGGAGAGAGAAAAAGAUCUUCGGUGUAAGAUUGAAGAUUUGGAAAGAAGAAUGAAGGUUGUUGAUGAAAGCAAUGCCAUUUCAAAGGCAUCUGCAGCUGAUGAAAUCGAGUUGUUAAAGAGACUAAACAAAUCCAUGGAAGUAGAACUGCAGGAAAUGCAAGAAAGAUAUUCAGAAAUAAGUCUCAAGUUUGCAGAAGUCGAGGGUGAAAGGCAACAGCUUGUAAUGAGAGUAAGAAACCUCAAGAACUCGAAGAAAUGAUACUUAUAAUGGAAUGUUGUAUCGUAUAGAUUCGGAAAUAUAUGGGUUUUCUUUCAUUUUAACCACGUAAGUGUAUCUUACGAGUCCAUGUCAUGGAUAACAUACGAAAUAUACGUAGCAGUUUACAUUAGGGAGUCUAGUCGAUAUCAAUGCCCGUGAUUUUGUGAAAAUUUAUGUGUGUAACGAGUUAGUUUGGCAUAAUAGACUUUGUUGUUCGUUUA